CAGUAAUUCGAUCUCUCAAUGGAACAUGGAACGAAAUGGAUGACGUAGCGGAAGUUAUUUUUGUCCACCGGUCCCUCCCAGACACAACAAAUCAAACAAGUGGGCGCAAAAAAGGGUGGACAGGGGAAUCGAGGAGCUCCAAGAAGCGAUGGCCAAGGCCAACAUCUCGGUGACGGAGAGCCAGUUCCGGUGUCCCAUCUGCCUGGACAUGCUGAAGGACCCGGUGUCCAUCCCGUGCGGACACACCUACUGCAUGGUGUGCAUCAGCGACUACUGGGACCAGGCCGAGCCGGGUCGCUUUAGCUGCCCUCAGUGCCGGGAGGCGUUCAGCCCUCGGCCGGUGCUGCGGAGGAACACCGUGCUGGCCGAAGUGGUGGACAAGCUCAAGCUGAGCGAAGCCUUCGCACCGCCGCCCAACCUCUACCAAGGCGGGGCGGGCCAGGUGCCGUGCGAUUUCUGCCCGCCGGAGAGCAAGCUGGCGGCGGCCAAGUCGUGCCUGGUGUGCCUGGCGUCCUUCUGUGACAUACACAUGUUGCCUCACCGGGAGGUGGGCACGCUGAGGCGGCACAAGCUGGUGGAAGCCGUGGAGUGUCCCGCCGAGAGGCUGUGUGCACAGCACCGUCUGGGACUGGAGCCUCCCGCGGGGGAAGACGCAGUGGAGGACUCCCCGUUGGAGUGGACCGGAGACUGUCUGCUGUGUGAGGCCGACCGGGAAGAAAUGCAUCCCGGGGAGGCUCAGAGGGCCAGGAGACAGCUUCAGCUUCAAGAGUCUCAGAGGAUGGUUCAGGGUAAAAUCCGAACCUGCGAGCGUGAGCUGGAGGAGUUUCAGCAGAGUUUGGAGUCCCUGAAGGUGUCUGCUUCUGUCGUUUUGGAGGACAGCGAGGCUCUUUUUGCUGACAUGGUCCACCACCUAGAGAAGACUAAGACUGAGGUCCGUGCGAGGUUGGAGGCCCGGGAGCGAGCGGCGGUGGGACGGGCCGAGCUGGAAGUGGAGAUGCUGCAGAAAGACCUGGAUGCACUGAGGAGGAGGGAUGAGGAGAUCAACCAACUUCUCCAAACGGAAGACAACGGACACUUCCUGCAGGCGGCGCCGCUGUUGUGUCUUCCUGUCCCGGCUGCUCGUGCUUCAAGGACCCUAAACCUACCCACCGAGGCCUUCAGCGGUGCCAGGAGGACGCUGUGUCACCUCCGCAGCCGUGUUGAGGAGGUGUGCCGUGAGGAGGUGGACAAGAUCAGCCAGGCAGUUAACCAGAACCACGCGUCAGGUGGCGAGUGUGCCAAAGAGAACUUCAAGCCUCAUCAGUCACCACGAUCAGCAUGUCAAGACCCCACCCAAGUGUUGCCGGCAUCCUUCCCUCUGUCCUUGCUGUCUCUGCAGCCGGCCGAUCAGAGGAUGAGGGCCGCUUUCCUAAGAUUUUUCUGUCAUCUGUCCCUGGACCCGGACACAGCCCAUCCCACCCUAGUUCUCUUGGAGGGUCGCAUUGGGGCCCACUGUGGUGAGGAGCCCCAGGCCUACCCCACCCACCCCCAGCGCUUCGACUCAGUGGCUCAGGUGCUGUGCAGGGAGGGCCAGUUCGGCGGCGCCAGCUACUGGGAGGUGGAGUGGCAAGGCGGUGGCUGGAUCGACAUCGGCGCCACCUACCGUGGGAUCGGCCGCAAGGGCGGCGGCAAGCCCUGCCUGCUUGGGCGCAAUGAGAACUCGUGGCGACUGAGGUGCACGCACACGGGCUACGCCGCCUGGCACGACAACCGUAAAACCACGGUGGCGGCGCCGCCCUGCCCCCGCAUCGGUGUCUUCUUAGAGCGCCAGAAGGGGACGCUGUCCUUCUAUAGCGUGUCCGACACGAUGAUGCUCCUCCACACUUUCCGAUGUCCCUUCUCUCAGCCGCUGUAUCCGGCCUUCCGGCUGGACCUGGACUCCACCCUGCUCAUCUGCCCCCAGGAAGCAGGGGGCCGGAGCCAGACUUAGCCAUACCCAUGGUACUACUUCCAGGAAGGGGCGUAAUUGGCCUGCAUCCCAACUAGGAAUCAAACUCUUUGAAAUCCCUUUAACGUUUCUAAGAAAGGUACUUUUUAAUCCUCCAACUACAACAGAACAUCUGAAAGUCACAUCGACUUCGUACCCGAAUACAGCGCACCUUACUGGGCCACAGCAGGUGGCUCCCUCUGCUCCACAGUCUGGUUCUCCUGGUAGUAGUGAUGAAGUAGUAGUAAUAUCAUGAUACUUGAUUAAGACAAACCAACAGGUACAUUUGGUCAAAUGCAAAUUCAUUUGAGUCCUACUUACUUCCAGGUUAAAAAAAUAUAUAUUGUGCAUCUCUAAAAUAUCUGAUUUUUUUAAAUAAAUCACAGAAAAUGUAAAGAAAACAAACCAAAAAAUUACUAAUAAGGUUUAUUUAAGGUUGACAACAACAAGCUCAGGUAACCUGGUCACAAAGAAAACAAGUUUUUCAGGUCUGCAUGUUGACCAAAUACAGUAAUACUGUUCUAUAUAGUUAAGUCAGGAAAGGGUGCGUUCAAGUAAAUGUAGCUUUAUUACCACUCUGGGAGACUUUAGUGCAAGGCCUGUGAUCACUGUGCCACAUAUGCUGUAUAUAUAUAUAUGCAUGAUGACAUAAACUAGCAUUAAAACAAUGGCUUACUCAGUCACAUGACAUUGGCGAUCUAAUUGGAUCCAAUACAAGACAUGACUGACAGUAUCGGGUCUUCAUGUCGCCAUAUGUUCAUUAUCAUGUGUGUUCACCAUACUGAGAGUCAUGUUUUCAAAGGAGAAUAUCUUUGAAUGAUGACAAUGAGUUUCAUGCAACGUGAUGGUCAAAGCCAAAGUUAUAAAUGCUUGAAAUAAACCAAGUGCUUUAUUCUAGCUAGUGGGACUGUUACAGUAUGCCUUAAUAAUAACAAUAAUAAUAUUCAUGCCUUACACUUUUGUUUGCCGUACGUCCUUCUGUCUUGUAUCCGACUGUAAAGUUUGUUGAACUUCUGAGUGUUUUUGGAAGCUCAUAACGAAGUGGCCUAGCAGAUGGCAGUUAUGGAUGAACGUGUAUCAGUCAGGUCAAGGUGUAUUCAUGCCAUGGAAAGAAAUAAAAAACAAUU